AUGGAUGAUGAUGACGACGUGACGACGACGACGAGCGCGUCGCCGCGCGCGACGAAGUCUCCGCGAGUGCCGGCGCGAGGGAACGAUGGUGGCAGCGGCGGCGGCGGCGGCGGCAGCGUUCGCGCGAGCUGGCGGAUGACGGGCGACCUCAACCUUCCGUGGCGCCCGAGGAUCGAUCUGACCGGGCAGACGACGUUCGGGUUUAUAGACGCCGGAGUCGAGCGCGGGUGCUUGAUCGUGGGCUACCGCGAGGAGUGGGGGAUAUCCGCGCUCGAUGCGGUCGCGCAGCUCGUCGCGCCGUUCAAGUGGUAG